UCGAAGUCCUACAACGGUGUCAGUUUUACACAACAGGCCACGAUGGAAAGCAAGAAGAAAGAAAAGGGCGAAAACGCUUUAAUUAAGACCUAUCUUGUGGCGUACAAUGUAUCGCAGAUGUUAGGGUGGACUAUAUUGUUGAUCAUCGGCGUGAGCCAGUUUUUCAUGAAAGGACAGAACUCGGUUUAUAAAGAAGUGAAUGCUCUCUUGAAAAUUGUCCAGACUGCAGCAAUCCUAGAAAUUGUGCAUUGUGCUGUUGGCUUUGUCCGGUCGAACGUGUUGCUAACGGCGAUACAGGUGUAUUCACGUGUCUUUGUCGUGUGGGCUGUUAUCCACAGUGUCAGCAUUGUUCAAGUUAAUAAUGGCUUUUUGAUGUUGCUGCUUGCUUGGACUGUGACUGAAAUUAUCCGUUACGCCUUCUACUUUUUCUCCUUGCUGGGUAAAGUGCCUCACUUCUUAGUGUGGCUGAGAUACACUUUAUUCAUUGUGCUGUAUCCGCUUGGAGUAACAGGAGAGUUGUUGGUCAUUUGGGCAUCACUUUCCUACGUUGAGAAGACCAGGAUGUUUAGCCUUGACCUUCCCAACCAAAUGAACAUAUCAUUUAACUUCUUUUACUAUCUGUGGUUCGUCAUGCUCAUGUAUAUUCCACUGUUUCCCCAGCUGUAUCUGCAUAUGUUGACUCAGAGAAAGAAGAUUUUGGGGACAGCAAGACCCAAAACAGAAUAGAGAUUCAUGUUGAGAUUAUUAUAUCAACUUACACAAUAUUUACUCAUAUUGUCAUCAGAUAAAUAGAAAAACCAAAUAUCAUAUUACCAAACAACGAAAUAUUCAUUUAGAUUUAUAUCGUAUUUCCAUUAUUGGUUGUUGAUUUGUAUCAUAUUUCAGAUAUUGGUCAUUGUCGUUUCAUAUUUUCGCUAUUGCUCGACCUUCUAAUUGUGUUUGAUUAUUAGUCAUUGGGUCUGUACUGUAAUUUUAUUACUUUCACUUAAUUACUUUUUGUACUUCAUGGUGCGAGACGUAGCUACAUGUAAGUGGUAAAACACUCACCUGAUGUACGGUUAGUCUGGGAUCGAUUCCUGCCUGUGGCCCAUUGGGCUAUUUCUUGUUUCAGCCGGUGUACCACGAAUGGUAUAUCAAAGGCCGUGCUUUGUGCUAUCCUGUCUCUGUAAUGGUGCAUAUAAACGAUCUCUUGCUACUAAUGGAAAAAUGUAGUGAGUUCCUCCAAGACUACACAUCAAACUUUCCAAAUGUUUGACAUCCAAUAGCCGAUGAUUAAUAAAUCAAUGUGCUCUAGUGGUGUCAUUAAACGAAACAAACUUUUAUCUUUAAUGACUUCAUUUUCUUUCCGUCUUGUAGCCUCCAUUGUACACUGUUGUUUUACAUAAUUAUAUAUAAAUAAUAUUUUAUUAUACUUGAAAUUUGUGACGCCCAAUAGCUGAUGUGUAUUUUUUUGUGCUGGGGUGUCGUUAAAACAAUCAUUCAUUCCUUCAUUGUAGGCUCCAUCAUGAGUGAUUCUUCAUGUUUAGCUGUUUUUGAUUGUUAGAAAAUUGAGAAAUUGCUAUAUGUACAUGUAUUUAUGUCGCUACUCAGGGUGUGGUGUAACUUUAGGGUAGCGUGUUUGUCCAAGGUGUAGUGGACCCACUGGGUUAUUCUCUGCCACGGCCAGUACCCCAUGACUGGUUAAACAGAGAGAAUAAAACAACAUUGAACAAAAACAUCUAGUAAAAUUUGCAGUGUCUUGAAAAGUAUAGGCUUACGGCCUUUUAUCAAAGAAUAAGGACAAGAAUAGUUUUCAUUUACCACGGGCAUAUGGAGUGUCUAAAAAAAAUCUUUGAUCAAAGGCAGUGGUAUAUGCUGUCCUUUCCCAGUAUUGGAAUAAUAUUGUCAGCUUCUUAGUAUAAUUUUCUAAUUAAUUUCUGGAGCUUUUGAGACCAAUGGAAAAAAAAUGAUUUUUAUAAAAACAGAAAUGAAUUCUUUAAAAAUUAACAAGAACAAGAACAUUUGUUCUGUUAUUCUUGUUCAAGUAAUUUAUGCUUGGAGACCGAUGAUGAUGGACACCAAACAGUCAUGGUUUAAAAAUGUGCAGAUAUCACAGAACAAAUCUUUAUUUAAUUGUGGCUCAAUGUUUUUGGUGUCCCAUCAUUCUCCAUUUUACAACAGUAUUUCUCUCACCAGCGAUUGCAUUAUUCUCCAAUGGCAUUUCUAUCACAUUGCUUAAUCGGCCAGCUAUAUUUUCAUUUGAAUUAUUUCUUGCUUUAUUUAUUUCUGGUGUUCAGUUUGUAUAUCUGUAGAACACUUAACAUUUUUGCCUGCUGUGCAUUAUUUUGAUUAGUAAAUAAUUUGAAAGCCAA